GACAUAAUGUAGGGUGCAGGGGGGUUUGCCAAGUGCGUGGUGGUUUGUCAGCCCAUUUACGGCGUGAGAGACGAGUGCCGGCAAAAACCCAAUUUGAAGUUUUAAUUUUCACCCAAACCAUCUCACAUUCUAUUCUCACACACAAUUUACAAAAUACAAUUUACAAUCUACAAGAUCUCCUGAUUAUCUCCGAAGGGCUACUCUUCUGUUUUUCUUUCUCUCUCUCUCUCUUUCAAUUUGGUGAUUUGGGUGAACCAACACGAAAACCCUAAAAACAAGAUUUGAUUGAGAGAGAGUGUGUUUGAGCAAGAUUUAUAGGGAUAAAAUUAGGCAACAAUACAUCAAAUCACAAAUGGAUUUGGACAAAUGGAUCGCUAAGGUUAAAGAAGGCCAGCAUUUAGCCGAAGAUGAGCUUCAACUUCUUUGCGAAUAUGUGAAAGAGAUACUUAUUGAGGAGUCAAAUGUGCAGCCUGUCAAUAGUCCAGUCACUGUCUGUGGUGACAUCCAUGGUCAAUUUCAUGAUUUAAUGAAGCUCUUUCAAACAGGAGGUCACGUGCCAGAGACCAAUUACAUAUUCAUGGGAGAUUUUGUUGACCGAGGCUACAAUAGUCUUGAAGUCUUCACAAUCCUUUUGCUUCUUAAAGCUAGGUAUCCUGCCCACAUCACUCUUUUGCGUGGGAAUCAUGAAAGCAGGCAGCUUACUCAGGUAUAUGGGUUCUAUGAUGAAUGCCAGAGGAAGUAUGGAAAUGCCAAUGCAUGGAGAUACUGCACAGAUGUUUUUGAUUAUCUAACUCUCUCAGCAAUCAUAAAUGGAACUGUGCUAUGUGUUCAUGGUGGUCUUUCUCCUGAUAUUCGGACAAUUGAUCAGAUAAGGGUUAUAGAAAGAAAUUGUGAAAUUCCUCACGAAGGGCCAUUUUGUGACCUUAUGUGGAGUGAUCCUGAAGAUAUUGAAACAUGGGCUGUCAGUCCUCGUGGUGCAGGGUGGCUUUUUGGAUCAAGAGUGACUUCUGAGUUCAACCACAUAAACAAUCUUGAUUUAGUUUGUCGGGCUCAUCAGCUUGUACAAGAAGGUCUCAAGUACAUGUUUCAAGAUAAAGGCCUUGUGACGGUGUGGUCGGCACCAAAUUACUGUUACCGUUGUGGGAAUGUCGCUUCUAUUUUGAGUUUCAAUGACAAUAUGGAGAGGGAAGUGAAGUUCUUCACAGAGACUGAAGAAAACAAUCAAAUGAGGGGGCCAAGAACAGGGGUUCCAUAUUUCUUAUAGACAUUGUCUCUCAGAAGUUGAAAAGACUUGUAUAAUUAUUAAUUGACGUGAUUUAUCAUAUUUUAAAUUUUUAGGUGAGGGGGAAUGAAUUCUUGGUAAUUACCUGCUGGCUCAUUUAUGUCAUAUCUGCUUUUGCUACGCCAGAAAAAAGCCCUCUUGUUCAGUCUUGCUUUGUGAUUACUCAGAUCAUAAUGUAUUUGACGUUUUUUUGGUUGUUCCUA